GCUUCUCACUGACCAAUGAGGACCAUCACAGAGCAGGGCAGCUCACCUGACUGUGGAUAUAUACCAGAGGUCCAGGUGAAGUCCUGUCAUCGACAAGAUCACACUACAACCAUGAGGUCUCUGGUCUUCAUUCUGCUUAUCGGGGCUGCUUUUGCCACCGAGGACGACAAAAUCGUCGGAGGGUAUGAGUGCACACCCCACUCCCAGGCCCAUCAGGUGUCUCUGAACUCUGGGUACCACUUCUGUGGUGGCUCCCUGGUCAACGAGAACUGGGUUGUGUCUGCUGCUCACUGCUACAAGUCCCGUGUGGAGGUGCGUCUUGGAGAGCACAACAUCAGGGUCACCGAGAACACCGAGCAGUUCAUCUCCUCCUCCCGUGUCAUCCGCCAUCCCCGUUACAGCUCCUCGACAAUCGACAAUGACAUCAUGCUGAUCAAGCUGAGAACCCCCGCCACCCUGAACCAGUAUGUGCAGCCUAUUGCUCUGCCCACCAGCUGUGCCCCCGCUGGCACCAUGUGCACAGUCUCUGGCUGGGGCAGCACCCAGAGCUCCACUGCUGACAGGAACAAGCUGCAGUGCCUGCAGAUCCCCAUCCUGUCUGACAGGGAUUGUAACAACUCCUACCCUGGCAUGAUCACCAAUGCCAUGUUCUGCGCUGGAUACCUGGAGGGAGGCAAGGACUCUUGCCAGGGUGACUCUGGUGGCCCCGUGGUGUGCAACGGUCAGCUGCAGGGUGUUGUGUCCUGGGGCUACGGAUGUGCUGAGAAGGACUAUCCUGGUGUCUACGCCAAGGUCUGCAUCUUCAACGACUGGCUGGAGAGCACCAUGGCUUCUCCAGUCAUGAGGUCUCUGGUCUUUGCUCUGCUCCUAGGAGCUGUGUUUGCCACAGAGGAUGACAAAAUUGUUGGAGGGAAAGAGUGCACGCCUCAUUCUCAGCCCCAUCAGGUGUCUCUGAACUCUGGGUACCACUUCUGUGGUGGCUCCCUGGUCAAUGAGAACUGGGUGGUGUCUGCUGCUCACUGCUACAAAUCCAAAAUGGACAUUGUCCUUGGUGAUCACAACCGUUGGUGGAUGGAUGGCAAUGAACAGACCAUUUCUGCUGUCCGUGUGAUCCCUCAUCCCAACUAUGAGUCCUGGACGAUUAGCAAUGACAUCAUGCUUAUCAAGCUGAGCAAGCCUGCCACCAUCAACCAGUAUGUGAAGCCUGUGGCUCUGCCCACUAGUUGUGCCCCCGCUGGCACCAUGUGCACCGUCUCUGGAUGGGGUGUGACCAUGAGCUCUGCUGAUAGUAACAAGCUGCAGUGUGUGAAUAUCCCCAUCCUGUCUGAAGAGGACUGUGAUAAGGCAUACCCCGGCAUGAUCACUGAGUCCAUGUUCUGUGCUGGAUACCUGGAAGGAGGCAAGGACUCCUGCCAGGGUGACUCUGGUGGUCCUGUUGUGUGUAACGGUAAGCUGCAGGGUGUUGUAUCCUGGGGCAUUGGAUGUGCAGAGAGAAACCAUCCCGGUGUCUAUGCCAAGACCUGCAUUUUCACAGAAUGGCUGCAGACCACCAUGGCCACUUACUGAGUCCGGUCCAAUCACACCUCUGCUACAGCUGGUUCUACACUGCAAAAUCAUGUCUCAGUGACACUGUGCCUGUUGUAA